AUGAAGCUUACAUUUGCUGCCCUACUGGCUCUACCACUGGCACUGGCUGGAUCGCUCAAGUCCGUCGUCGUUACUUUUCCCAAGGGAACGCCUGACUCGGUGGUUAGCCAGGCCAAAGCAUCCCUAGUGGCUUCAGGCGGCGUCAUCACACAUGAGUAUCAUUUGAUCAAUGGCUUCGCUGCUGAGGCUCCUGUGAACGCUCUUCAGAGCCUCUCCACGCAGGAUACCCGAUACAGCCCGAAUAUCGAAGAAGAUAAGGUUGUGAGUGCAUAUGGAGACUAUGAGGCCGCUGUUUAA